AUGAACAAGGUGCUGCUCUUGUCCUGUAUUGCACUAACUCUUGUUCUGGUUGCCAAUGGGGCACCGUUGCCUCCUCCUACCACUUUGCUGCAGUACUUACUACCUGAUUUAAAGGAGGUUCAAAAUAAACUCAAGGAUGUAGCAAAGAGGAUGGAGAAGUAUGAACUUUACAUCCCAAGUAAUGCCAGCAGCAUUGCAGAUCUUCAGUGUUUCACUAAGGAAUUGAAGCCCGUGGCUGAGGCAUUGAAAUAUGAAUCAAAAGGAGCUACAGAUAUUCAGAAUGUUAUCAACAACAUUAAUGUGACUAUUAACAGCUUAACGGGAUCAGAAACAACACAGUGUCACUAUGUCACCAAGAUUAAUAUGGAAGGGUUUUUUGAAGAAUUGAUUACCUUCUGCCAAAGACUCAUCCAAGUUGCUCAAUGA